CACAAGAUGCUGAAGUUGCCAAAGUUGUUCACCAAGUUAAGCAGCAAGCUCGGGUAACAAAAGAUAAGCCUGCUAAGAUAAUCCAAGAUGCUGUUAUUAGCACACCUGAGAAAAUUGGAUCUUACCUUCCUUCAAUAAAUGCUUGGCGUAAAAAAAUUCAUUGUGUUAGAAAUACAGGGUUACCACCACAACCACAAAAUAUCACAGAAUUUAGUAUACCACAGUCUCUUCAAAUUACUCUAAAUGGUAUUUUUGAAAAAAGCUAUAACCUACAUUAUAGAAAGACAUCUACCCAAAAUCCAUUGGUUUUGG